GAGCUGAAACGCCCAGAAGUAUUAUAGCGUGCGCGAGCAAUUGUUGACUUUCCAUUGUCUGCGUACCGAAUUACCACGUAGCACAACUCGACAUCGCAAUUGCCAUGGCUUUCGUCCCUGUCGCAGGCGCCAUCGCCGGCACCGCUGCCGCCGCUGCGUAUAUCGAUGCGAAGUUCCACCUGAGUAAGGACGUGAGUGGAUAUUUGGGUGCGCGCGCCAAUCAGCGCGCGAUCGACGCCAAUGCCUCCAAGGGCCAGUCAAUGUGGUACCAGUUCGAGGCGCAGGUGCAUCGGCUGCCGGCUGACGCUGAGGCCAUCUGGAGCCGCAACGGCUGCUACACCUGGGCUGAGACGUAUGCGAAUUCGUGCCGCUAUGGGCAGUUUAUGCUGCAGCAGGGCGUGCAGCCUAAUACCCUGGUGGCGAUGUACAUGAUGAACCGGCCUGAGUUCUUGUUUACGCAUUUGGGGAGCUGGGCGAUUGGGAGUGCGCCGGCAUGGAUCAACUACAACUUGGCGGGGGAUGCGCUUGUGCAUUGUCUCAGGGUGGCCAAGGCGAAGGUUAUUGUUGUUGAUGAGGACGCGGAGUGUGGGAGGCGGAUAGAGGAGGUUAGGGACAGGCUCGAGGGCGAGCUGGGCAUGAAGAUUGUGGUGCUGGAUCCGGCGCAGAAGGGCGAGAUCUCGAGACUGGAGCCGAAGAGGCCUGGCGACGAGCUGAGGAUUGGCGCGAAGGGGAAGUUUCCUUUGUUUUUGUUCUACACAAGUGGUACUACCGGACACCCAAAAGCAUGUCCAUUUGAGACACAACGAGGAGCAGCCCUAACAGGCAGAGUUGGUGCCAUGGGGCUGAAAACCGGGCCCGAUGGUGACAGAUGGUAUGUCUGCAUGCCGCUCUACCACGGCACAGGAGGCACGACAGGACUUGUUUGCAUGGUCACCGGUAUCACAUGCUGCAUAGGCACCAAGUUCUCAACCUCGCGCUUCUGGACCGACGUCCGCGAUUCCCGCUCUACAGCUAUCGUCUAUGUCGGUGAGACCGCCCGCUACCUCGUCAACACGCCUCCCAGCCCACUUGACAAGAAACACAAUGUUCGCGCCAUGUUCGGGAACGGUCUGCGCCCAGACGUGUGGCAGCGAUUCGUAGAUCGCUUCGGUAUUGAGAUUGUAGGCGAAUUCUUCAACAGCACGGAAGGCGUCAUGACGCUCUUCAACGGGUCCCGGGGGCCUUUCACCGCCACAUCUGUCGGCCACCAGGGUCUGAUCGAGCGCUGGCGCUUCCACAACACCUAUGUCCCUGUCGCUAUUGACAUGGUGACUGGCGAGCCGGUCCGCGACCCGAAGACAGGUUUCUGCAAACGCAAGUCUUACGAGGAGGGAAGCGAGAUCUUCAUCCACAUGCCCCACGAGUCCGCAUUCGUCGGGUACUACAACAACCCCGAAGCCACACAGAAGCGCUUCGAGCGCAACGUCUUCAAAAAGGGCGACCUGUACUACCGCACGGGCGACGCGCUGCGGCGCGACAGCGACGGCCGAUGGUUCUUCAUGGACCGCCUUGGCGACACGUUCCGCUGGAAGAGCGAAAACGUGUCGACCGCAGAAGUCUCCGAAGCCCUGGGUUCCUUCCCUGGCAUCAGCGAAGCCAACGUCUACGGCGUUGAAGUACCCGGCAACGACGGCCGCGCCGGCUGCGCCGCGAUCAACAUCACUGAGCCCUUCGACUUCCAGGGCUUGCUGCAGCACGCCAUGAAGAAACUGCCCAAGUACGCGGUCCCGGUAUUCCUGAGAGUCCUCAAGCAGCAGACUAGCAUGCACAACAACAAGCAGAACAAGGUCCCGCUGCGCAACGAUGGUAUUGAUCUGCGCAAGCUCCAGGAGCGCGCGGAUAAGGAGGCGGCGGAGAAGGGUGAGCAGAAUGUCGAGUAUGAUACGUUGUACUGGCAUCCUGCGUCACUUGGGGUGCGCGGCGGGUCACCCAAAGAGGAUAGAGGGUAUGUUGUGUUUACGCUGGAGGACUGGGAUCAGCUGAGGGCGAGUGCGGAAGGCGCAGUGGCGAAGCUGUAAGCUUGCCUUCUGCUGGUUUGUUCUGUAGAUUUCGUGUCGCUUAGCGUGUUCAAUGUACAAUGGAUGAUUUUAUUA